GCACCAUCCAAAGGUCAUUGACAAGUGUUUUUCAAAGAUUCGAAAAAUGUUGAAAUAUCAUUUAAGAUUUCUUGAUAUGUUAUUGAUUGAUAUUUAGAAAACUCGUUUAAAUAUAGCAACUAUAUUAAAUUGCGAUUAGUCUGAGAUAGGCUACUAAAAUAGAGAAGCGGAAACCACUUAUAUUAUACAGUGCAAAGUUUUGUUUCUAGGUCACUUUUCGGUAACAUAAAAUGUCAUAAUUGUAUUAACGGCUAUAUUGUCUGUUAAAUUAAUAAGUCUAGUCGGAAUUUUUGACAUGUGUAAGUUAAUUACAUCAGGUAUUUUCCGCUCUGUUUGAAUAAAUGCUCACAAAUUAAUCGUUUAAACAUAAGACACACAAAAAUCCCCAUGUCGAAAGUGAAAUAUAACAUUGUUGUUAAUAACAUUUACUUGAGGUGAUGGAAUUUGUUUCGAAUUUUGAAAUAAUUUUACUCCUGUACUAUGCUGCUGUUAUAGUGCAUGGCUCAGUUAAAAAAGGAAUUUCUAUCAACCCAAAUAACUUUCUUUGUGAUGAUCUUAAAGUACUGGAUAAUGUUGUUUGGUGGUACGAUUGGGCACCAAACCUGGAUAACCUACGUCUUAAAAGUGGUUGUCUAAACGUUGACCAACAUGCCGAAAAUCAUGUACCCAUGGCAUGGGGAUAUGGUAGCUAUUUCCAAAACUAUUAUUUAAUCGACGAAGCUGACUUUCUUCUAGGAUUCAAUGAACCUAAUCAUAAAGCGCAAUCCAAUAUCUUAGCCGAGGAUGCGGCAAGAUAUUGGCCGGAAGUUGAAAUACUCGCUGCUGGUAGACCCCUUGUAAGUCCAGCAGCCGCUCCAUGUGGGUCAAAUUGUAACGGAGACACAAAGGAAUGGUUUGAUCUGUUUUUCAAAAGUUGUAAUGGAUGCCGUGUCGACUACCUGGCUACUCAUGUCUAUCUCUGUAAUGCUGAUCAGACAAUGGAAUUCCUAGAGGAUUUGUACAAAACAUACAAUCGGACAAUAUGGCUGACCGAAUUUGCAUGUCCAUAUAAAACAGACCCUAAAAGGCAACUGAGAUAUAUGCGAGAGUUAUUACCAAGACUUGAGAAAGCAGAGUUUAUUAUUAGAUACGCAUGGUUUGUUUCUCGCGUGACAGAGAUGACGCAUACGAGAUUUAUCCCUACGUCUGUAAGCUUAUUCGAACCUGAUUCCUCUAACCUGACAGCAUUAGGACAGUUUUACAACAGUUUUACUUCAACAGAGACAACAUCCGUACGUACUACCUUAAUGACGACCCAGAAAAAUACAACAGCAACAACAACAACCAGUAAAUCCGUGACAUCAUCAACAACACCUAGUACAAUCACAGUUACAACAACGGGUGGUACACAUUCAAAUACGACUACAAUUUACAUUUCAAGUACAACUCAACGUAAAGAAUAUACAACGGAGGAUGGUUCAAUAAUCAGUGAAGCUAUAAAAGUUUCAUCGAUCAGUCCAAUUCUGUUUCUCAGCACAUUGGUACAUAUAUACACUUUACUUUGAAUUUGAUUUGGACUGAUGAUACAGAAUUGAAAGUAAACUAUUUCCUAAAUUUUGGAUGGUUUGUGAUUGCAACCCUUCCGUUUGUUUGCCCUUGUGCCCUGUCUUGUUUGGUCUCCGGCUGGGCUUCAUGUCAGUGGUCCUGUGUUGGGGAUGUGUUCAUUGAAUGCAUCCCUUCCUUGUUGAUCUAGUAUUUCAUAGUUUUUUUAGCUGCACUAUUUAUUUGAAAAACAAAGUAGCGUAAAAUAUUUUAUUAAAUUUUGCUCAAUUGC